AUGUCUAAGCUGAAUUUGGGUCCUGUCAAGGCGUUUAAUGUUAUGAAGACUUGUUUUGGAGGUUUUGAAGAUGUGGGCGCAAGCAAAGUUGAAUUUAAGAACCAUAAGAGACAAAUUAACUUGUUCAUAGGGGAAUAUGACGCUGAUAUGACAAUCAUCACUGCAAAUGUUACAUUUGGUGCAGCGUUGUUGGCGUCGGAAACUGCUGAUACGUAUAUUUGGUUGUUAAGAGUUUUUCUUAAAGCUGUUGGUUCUCAACCAAAAGUUGUUGUCAUUGACCAAGAUCCAGCGAUGAAGAAGGCUAUUUCUGUUGUAUUUGUUGACACGAGGCAUCGGUUAUGCAUGUGGCAUGCGAUGCAUAAACUUUCUCUGAAGGUUGGUGUUAGGCUAUGCAAUUCCACCAAUUUUAAAGAACGUAUCUGUGGUGUUGUGUGGACGGAUAUUCUCACACCUGAAGAGUUUGAAUCAGAAUGGGAAACGGUUAUUGCAGAAUUCAAUUUAGAAGAUAAUGACUGGCUAUCUGAUAUUUUUGCACUUAGGGAAUCUUGGAUCCCUGCAUACUAUAGAAUGGAGCCUAUGUCUGGUCUUAUACGAACGACAUCCAGGUCGGAAAACAAACAUUCUAUGCAUGGCGUUAUAGAGAUAUUGUUUUUGGCGUUUUUCAGGGAAUUUCCAAAACAAUACAUUCUGAAUAGAUGGCGCAAAGAGGCCUCCCCAAACUGCUCUCCUGAAUUCUCAAUUAGUCGUGAAUAUAUGACCGAGCUUGAUCCUGAUAUGCAAAGUAUGAUGCGAGAUGUUAUUUAUUCAACCGAAUACACUUUGAACCGUUUAUCCGGUACUAAAGAGGAGCUAUCCUUAUUCAAGGAUCAUGUUUAA